GCUGCGCCCGGAGGGCUUCCCGGAGGCCCCCUAAACAGCCUCCGUGCGUCUAUUUCCCACAUCCCCCUGGGCCCAGACCUCACUGUCCGCUGCUUUGUCUGCAGCCACCAGACCUCCCAGCACCGACGACCCCUGGGUCAGCGGUCAGCACUGGGCGGAGCCGCCCUGCCUCGGGGCCGGCUGGGUCCCGCAGCCCGCUCCGCACACCUGCCCCGUAAGGGCCUCGGGGCCCCUUCCCUGGAGGAAGCCGAGCGGUGUCAGUCACUUCCAGACUGGAGGGUCUAGGUGUCCGUGUGUGGGGCCGCCUUUCAGGGCCGGGCUGGACCCCGAGGGUCUGCGCCGAGCAGGGUGGCCCGGGACGCAGCGCCCCCGCCCUCCGGCCAGCUGGGGCGACGGGAGAGCCAGCCCCGCCCCUGGCCUGUCCGAUCCGGCCCGGCCGCGGGGUCCCCGGCAGGGGGCGGCCUCGCUCCGCGCCGCCUGCUCCUCCCGCCGCUGCCGCCACCGCCGCCGCCCGGGCUGCCGCUCCUCCUCCCGCCCCGCCUCCUUGGCCCCAGCGCCGCCCGCCUGUCCGCCGGUCUCUGCAAGGCCAUCGAACCCAUCACUGGGAAGGCAGAGUCUCCCUGGAAUUGCUGGGACCCUGAGUCGAAGAGCCCCUCAUCCUGUAGGAAAAGCCUUCUUGUCUCUGUUGGUUAAUGACUUGGGCUGUCUGAUCAGUCCCUCUUCUGUGCCUUGUCUGAGGUCUGAGGUCUUAAGUCCUUCCCCUCUGGGUUGGGUCACCUUAAGCAGGAAACUGAAGCCACUACACUCCAAAUCCUGUUUUAUCUUCUCAAGCAUGUCAGAAAGUUGGCAACAGUCAUCGCAGACACAGCCACAGCAGCCACAGCCCCCACAGCCACAGCACCAUGCAGAGCCCCCACCCGCCCUGGCUGAGCAUGGGCUACCUCCUGGCACGGCUGAGAACGCCCUGGGCUGCGCUGUUUAUGGCAUCCUCCUGCAGCCUGACCCAGGCCUGCAGCCCCCCCAGCACCCACCUCCCCUGCAGGCAGCAGGUGAGCCGGCCUCCAAGUGUGGUGUGUGCGGUCACGACCUAACACACCUGUCCAGCCCACACGAGCACCAGUGCCUGGCGGGUCAUGAUCGCACCUUCCAGUGCACGCAGUGUCUCAAGAUCUUCCACCAGGCUACUGACUUGCUGGAGCACCAGUGCGUGCAGGCUGAGCAGAAGCCUUUCGUUUGUGGGGUCUGCAAGAUGGGCUUUUCACUGCUCACCUCCCUGGCGCAGCACCACAGUGCACACACAGGUGCUGCGGGUGUGGUGAAGUGCUCCAUCUGUGAGAAGACCUACAAGCCGGGAGAGGCCCCGGAGCCAGGGCCCACAGCGGCCCCCUCGCUGACCCCUGCAGCGCGGGCAGUGGCACAGGCUGAACAGGUCGAAAAGCCCUAUAGCUGCUCCAUCUGCCAGAAGCCCUUCAAGCACCUGUCAGAGCUCUCCCGCCACGAGCGGAUCCACACUGGCGAGAAGCCGUACAAAUGCACGCUGUGUGACAAGAGCUUCAGCCAGUCGUCCCACCUGGUUCACCACAAGCGCACUCACAGCUCCGAGCGGCCGUACAAGUGCGCGGUCUGCGAGAAGACCUUUAAGCACCGCUCCCACCUGGUGCGCCACAUGUACGCGCACUCAGGCGAGCACCACCUGUUCCGCUGCAACGUGUGCGAGCUGCACUUCAAGGAGUCGUCGGAGCUGCUGCAGCACCCGUGCACGCCCAGCGGCGAGCGGCCCUUCCGCUGCAGCGAGUGCCAGAAGGCCUUCAAGCGGCCAUCGGACCUGCGGCAGCACGAGCGCACCCACAGCGCGGAGCGGCCCUUCAAGUGCGACCUGUGCCCCAUGGGCUUCAAGCAGCAGUACGCGCUGAUGCGGCACCGGCGCACGCACAAGACGGAGGAGCCCUUCAAGUGUGGCCUGUGCGAGAAGGGCUUCGGGCAGCCCAGCCACCUGCUCUACCACCAGCAUGUGCACACCCUUGAGACCCUCUUCAAGUGCCCGGUGUGCCAGAAGGGCUUCGACCAGUCGGCCGAGCUGCUGAGGCACAAGUGUCUGCCGAGCACGGCCGAGAGGCCUUUCAAGUGCCCGGUGUGCAACAAGGCCUACAAGCGGGCCUCAGCCCUGCAGAAACACCAGCUGGCCCACUGCUCGGCGGCCGAGAAGCCCCUGCGCUGCACCCUGUGCGACCGCCGCUUCUUCUCCUCCUCGGAGUUUGUGCAACACCGCUGUGACCCUGCCCGAGAGAAGCCGCUCAAGUGCCCCGACUGUGAGAAACGCUUCAAGUAUGCCUCCGACCUGCAGCGGCACCGCCGGGUCCAUACUGGGGAGAAGCCCUACAAGUGUCCCAGCUGCGACAAAGCCUUCAAGCAGCGGGAGCAUCUCAACAAGCACCAGGGCGUGCACGCCCGGGAGCAGCAGUUCAAGUGCGUGUGGUGCGGUGAGCGCUUCCUGGACGUUGCGCUGCUGCAGGAGCACAGUGCACAGCAUAGUGCUGCCGCUGCAGCCGCGGAGGGGGCCUACCAGGUAGCUGCUUGCCUGCCCUGAGGCUGAGCUGGGGCUUCCCGGCCAGCCCAACAAGCCUCCCACACCCAGUCCCUACCAACCCCGGCUACGUGUUCUUAGGCCCUGAGCAUGAAGGUAGAAGGACACAGGGCAGAUGGAGGAGGUCAGCGCUCCUGCCACUCCAGGCAUCAGCGUGAAUCAGAUGAGGGGAGCCAGAUUGCUAAGGCUGCUCUUGAUUCUACAACCUCUUCCCAGUCUCACUGGACUCGCUUGUCUCUAGGGGGCUGGCACCAGACUAGAAAUUCAGUGGCCUCUUCAUCCCCAGGAGGGGCCAUGGCAGCCCCACCUUCUCUAACAUUUCUGCCUCAUCAGAGAGCAGAUAGGGUAGGAAGGAGGGUGGUUACUAUUGGGCCCCCGGUUGGUGUUCCCUUCAAGCUGUUGUCUGAGGGUGAAGGCCGGCCCUGGGAUAUCUUCCUGCAGAGCCAGACACCGUCCACCACAGCCCUUGCUCUCUGCUCCAGUUAGUGUGGCACACUUCCCAGGUUAUUGACAGAUAAGACUGCACAUCUGCGGGGGUGGGUCGGCCUGGAGAACCAUUCACCCAGCUUGGAGUGAGGAGGCAGAAGGGUCCUCCUAUGACUGCCAGCCAGGACCACGCUGUCUGUGGGGAGAGGGAGAAAUUAGCCUCUCAUCUGAGCACAGGAAGCACCCCUCCAGCCUUUGCCGCACAGCUCUGAGCUGGUGAUGGGGAAUGUGCUCCCAGCAGACAGAACUGCUGGCUUGAACAAGGGACUGAUAGGCCACUUGGUGCUGCGGAGGAGGUGAGGCCAAGCCUGCAAUCUUCCUGGUAAACGGAAACUAGUGAACCAUAGGAACCAAAGCGUCAGGGUAUGACCUCACCCCUGGGCCAGGCCUGGGUGCCCAAAGUGCGCAGGGCAGUGGAAAGGACUGUGCGUGUGACCUCUGGCCCCACAGUCCCCUCCCGGCCCUGGGAGGCCCACCCCCAUCAGUCUGACUGCUGCACUGGACCCCAGGGGUCUUGCACAACCAAGAUGCCCUGGACAACAUUCAGCUCCUUCCAAGGUCAGAGCAUUCUCCCUUGGGGCCUCUUAGGACCCACCAACUUCCCUCUCCCCACCCCCAGGUCUCUGUUUAAGGGCUUGUGGAACCUAGGGAGUUCAGAACACGGGGACCAGUUGGUUGAGGGGAGAGUCUUUAAAAGUGGAUGGAGUGGACUGAUACUGCUGGAGGCAGGGCCCUCCUCCAGAGACCCAGAGGACUGAUAUUUUAAAAUGAAUGUUUUGAACCCAGCUCUGCCCCCGCCCUCUUCCAGUUCCCCCACCUCCACCCCCACCCCUUCCAGAUUGCAGAUCUUGAAAGAUGAUGUUAAUCAGUGCAUGCACCCAGGGCCUGGAGGUGCAGGGAGAUCCUAGUCUCCUACCUGCAGGAAUUCUGGAAAGCCUACAGCACCCCCUCUGUCUGGCAGGGUUCCCUUCCCGUACCUGCAGAGCCUGGCUGGCUCCCCUUCACCAAGGCGCCUCAAAAGAUGAAACCCAGGCUUGCAACCAGCUCAACUGACUGACCAUCGGUUAUUUUUAUUUUGCUUUCUAAAAGCAGUUGUUAUACUCUUCAUAAUGCUGUACAGUUUUCUUUCAUGUCAUCUUUUUGGAUCUUCUAAAAAAAAGUGAGAAUUUGAAUUUUUCAAAAGAAUGACUCCGUUUUAGAUAACCCCCUUUUGAUGUUAAUAUAUAGUGAGUCCAAUGUAUGCUUUAGAAGUAAAUAUAUUGACCAACAGAGACCAA